UUCGAAUUCGUGGCACAUGAUCCAUUAGAUCCAGUGCAUCUCACUGGCUUCACCUCUCGCACAGUUCGACUCAUCCCCAAAAUCGCCUCUAGGGUUACGGAGAGUAAUGCAGCCGGAGCUCAACCUACCGGCGCCGCCUAGCACAGGGCUGGACUGCCCCUCGCAUUCUCCUCCGGCACAGCGUCAAGUGCUGCCGCGACCUGCGGAGAUAUUCCAGCCGCAUCUCCACGUCGACCACACGGCCUCAUCUCUGGUUUUGUACCACCCGCCGACACAUGUCGCAUCGUCUGUGGCUCCAUUCACGACCGGAGACGGGACCUGUAGAAGCCUCGCGCCGACAUGCGAUUCCUCGGGGAGUGCCACAGAUCUUGUUGGAGCUGAGCCUACUUUGUCUAUCAUGGAGCCAUUGGAAACUAUUGCUCAGAGCUUAGGGUCAACGACGGCCACGACGCUUGAGGACGAUGCCAACAUUUUUUUCACGGGUGCAAUGUUGUCCAGUUCAUAUGACGGAGAUAGCUACAGCACACCCAUGAGAAAAAAAAACCUGCCAUUUUGUGGAACGACGUAUGAGCCUGAAUGCAAUGAUGAAUUGCAGCCCAAAAUUGGCAUGGAAUUUGAUAGCUGGGAAAAUGGCGAGUCAUUCUACACACGGUAUGCUCAUGAGGUUGGGUUUUCUGUACGAACAGGAAAACAACACUUAGCGAAGGAUCGUGUAGCAAUGUGGAAGCGGUUUGUCUGUGCAAAGCAAGGCUGGAGGAAAGCAAAAGAGCUCAACAAUGAAUCUGUGAAGAAACGGAAAAGAAAUGUGAAGAUAAGUAGGUGUGGUUGUGAGGCUAUGAUAGGUUUGAAGAGAAGAAACGAUGGUAAGUAUGUGGUUGCCCGUUUGGUUCUACAGCACACACAUCAGCUCGUGUCACCAAGUAAGCGGCAGUUCCUAAGAUCAAAUAGAGAAGUAAGCAGUGAACUCAGGAGCAAAUUAUUUACAUGCCAUAAAGCAUUGAUUGGCACUUCUGCAACAUACCGUUUGCUUAGUGUAGAAAGAGGACCUGGACAAGUUGGUUGCAUGAAGCGUGAUUUACAGAACUGCUACCGUGAUUUCAAGGAAACAAUUAAAGAUUCAGACGCCCAAACGAUUAUUGGUGCUAUGAAAACUAAGCAAAGCAUCAAUCCAUCGUUUUUCUUUGAUUACAAACUAGAUGAAGAGAACAAGCUAACACAUAUUUUCUGGGCUGAUGGUACCUCUCGGAAGAACUAUGCACUAUUUGGGCAGGUUGUCUCCUUUGAUUCUACAUAUCGAACCAACCAAUAUGACAUGGUUUUUGCCCCAUUCACUGGAGUUAAUCACCAUGAUACGGAAAUUCCUUUCCUAUUUAAGUUGGCAGCUUGUAAAUGCACAUGUAGUUCAUUUACAAAAGAAAUCCAUUACUCUUUACAAAAGAAACAUAUAAUAAACGGAAAUUCCCUCAAGUACACAAUUACAACCAUCACUUGA